ACUCUUUUUGCGAGGAGAGAACGGAAACAGACUGAGCUCUUGAAGUCAUCCCCUUGAGCGAGAACUUCGACGCUGACUCCCCAACAGCCGCCUCUGCAGGGGAGCCCCACUUGCGCCGGCAGCAAGGGCGGCCCGAUGACCAGUGACCCGGACUAAGGCGGUGCGGGAGACGGCCAGGUACAAGACGCCCAUCAUGGCCAGCCUCCGGCAGCACAAGAAACACAACGAGGAAGAGGAGGGACACCUACAGGGAUCCACACAGGCAGUUGAGCCUCAGCAGCAGCAGUCACACACCACAUACAGUCAUUGCCAUCUCCCUCGCCAGCUGCCAGCAGCCAUCCCCACCACCACCUUUAUCAACACCACCACUGCCGCUACCAUGUACCACAGAACAAAGCACAGACUACCUCCUUUGCACAGACAUUCAUCUCUGCCACGUCUAACACCUCACUCCGAGUCUCCCCUCUCCAGCCUCAUUUCCAGAGCGUCAUCUUCACUCAGUCGGCAGCGGCAGCGGCAGCGACGCAGGCCAUUGCCACAGCUGCAUCUUCCACAGUUUGCCUUCUGCUUCCUCCUCAUGGGAUCUCUCGUCCCGCCUUGUGUCGCCAUCUGCCCCCGCGACUGUGUCUGCGAUGUUGUUACUUUCGUUGUCCGCUGUACGCCGUCGAAUAUAGACGUGAUACCCAUCACCCUCCAACCAAAGCUCCAGCAGCUCACCAUGUACGGCACGGAGAUACACACACUCGACGUCAACUCCUUCCACUGGUAUGAAGACCUGCGCCAUGUCAACUUAAGCAAAAACAUGAUCAUGCAAGUGAAUCCAAAUACUUUUAGGAGGCAAAAGUUACUUGAGGAACUUCACUUAGCACAGAACAAGAUCAGUGACCUAUCAGCAGAAAUGUUCUUUGGACUCUCCAACCUCAUUGUCCUCUCCCUGCGAAAAAACAUCAUUGAGUCAAUAGAGGCAGCUGUAUUCAGACAUCUGCAGCAUCUACAAGACCUAGAUCUCUCAGAAAAUAGAAUAGAAAAUUUAGAGGAGAAAGCACUGACCGGACUGUCCAACUUAAGAGUCUUACACUUGAGAGACAACAGACUGACUUCAAUCCCAGCCACAAAUCUUGCUUUGAUUCCUGACUUGGCAGAACUUAGUUUAGGAAGCAAUUACUUCACAGCAAUACAACAAAUAGAUUUCAAAUCCAUGAGAAGCCUGAAGAGCCUUGACCUGUCUGGAGCUUCACUCAAUGAAGGACUUACUGAAGAUUCUUUCAAAAGCCUCUCAGGCUUGCGGAAGUUGAAUCUGGAGAGCUGUGGAUUAAUAACCAUUCCUAGUUUCCCUUUGAGUGCUCUAACCAGUUUAGAAGAAUUGCAUAUUGGCAACAACCCAUUUAGCACAUUGCCAUCAGACGUAUUCAGAAACAACCACAAUCUGCACUCCCUUUAUAUAUCAGGAUGCCCAAACCUUGUGUAUAUAGAGAGGGAUAUUCUACAAGCCAACCUGAACAUCAAACAAGUGGUAAUCACAAACAACCCUCAGCUGACCUACAUUGCCCCUAACGCCUUGCGCUUGCUGACGGAGUUAGGAGUGCUGGACCUUCGCCACAACAACCUCCAACAGGUCAGCGAACAGGCAGCAGCAUGGUCAGACAUCAAACACUGGUACCUCGAGGGAAACCCAAUUGCAUGCAACUGCUCUGCUGCCUGGCUGCGUGCCCUUAUACUAGAAACUAAUUCUAGUACGAGUCUGAAGUGUGCUUCUCCUCCCCACAUGGAAGGCGCAUUGUUACGCUCCACCGAUAUUAGUGAGUUGGCCUGUGGUUUGGAUUCCACCACACAGGGACUGGUCAUUGGCUUGGUGGUUUGUUUCCUUGUGGUAAUGAUCACUGCCGCAGUGGUAGUCAUGCUGUACCGCCACCACGACUCUUGUGUCCACCGGCUCCUGAAGGGGCAUCACAUAGGAGGCCCCGGGAGCAGUUGUGACCACCCCUACACCCACAGCUACCACCCAGCCUGCACUGUCACACCCACCAAACCUGUGCCUGUUACUGAACUCUAGCAGUUGGCCCGAUAUUGAGCCUAAAACUUGAAUCACUUUGGGCCAAGCCCUACCCGUGAUCACCCUAAAGAUUGUGAAGUGUGGGUAUUGAAACAUGGAUUGAAAAGUGUUUGCUGAGGUCUAGAAUCUUGCUUUAAGCCAUUGUGUGAAAGAUAUGGCUCUAAUUUAGAAAUGAACAGAAGUGCAUUUAGCAUGCAUUUUGAUAUUUCUUAAUGGAAGUUGUGUUAUUUGUUCUUCUUUGCAGUGCCUGUCUUCCAUAUCUUUGGAGACUCAUGCCUUUAUUCCUUUUUGACUUUCCAGUUGCCUCUGUACAGUCAGCCAGGUUUAUAUACCCAAAGCAGGUGGUCCAGUGUCAGUGUUGAUAUAUACACUAAGAAAAAGCUAAGUUAAUUUCUUAGUGAGAUACAUCAUUUAAAUCCCAUUGUGAUACUAUUUACAUGGAAGAAGGAAAAUAGAACAAUGUGACUUCCUUAACAUUAAUCUAGUCUUUGUUAUUUCUCUUCAUGAAAGGUGUAUAUUGCCUUAUCAAAGACUGAACAUUUUCUUGUAUUCCCUAAGUCCCUGUGAUAGACCUAUCAUACAUGCUCUUUCUAAGAAUGUUUCAAGUCUUGUAGGAUUUUAAUGUUUUAUGUGAGUAUACAGUAAAAUUAUAGACUGUGAUCAUAUUUCACUUGUAGUAUGAAGUUUUGGGGAGCAGACUACAUUCAUUACCGAAUUAGCAAUAAUGAAUAUUUUAAUUCAUGUACAUUAAUAAUAAUUAGAAUCCUGGAAAUCAUUGUAAUACAAAAUCUUUCUUUUAUAAAUACCAAAAAAUUGCUGAACAUGUACGUAGGUAUGUAGAUAGUUGUCAGACUCACCAAAUUCUAGCAAAAAGCGGCAGCAGAAGCUGGAAGUACAACUUCUGGAGCAUUAAGCUCUUUUCAUGUAAUUUAUGUAAACAGCAAUUUUAAAAUCCACUUUCUUUUCUUCAUUCAUAAAGAAAGAAGGAAAGUUAUAAGUAAGCAAUACCAAAGGCUUUAAACUAAUGAUGAGUAUGUAAUUCCAAACUCCAUCAAAGUAUUUACUUAUCCUGAUUAUAGCACAUAUUUAUUGUUUUUUAUGCUAUUCAGUGCUCUUGCUUUUUAAAAUAUUAACAUAUUUUUGGAACUAUAAUGCCUGUUCAGGAGCAAGUCUUAGAGGUCAUACUCAUCCGGAAACUAUCAUGCUUCCUUGCUUCUCUGCUCACUAGAGUUGAUGUGGAGGCCUAGACAGCAUUAUGCUAAGGUCUUGUGAACUUAGAACUUUUUGUCUGGUCACAUGCAAGUUUGAAUAUAAUUUAGUAAGCCAGUGGCUCUUACAUCCUUACCUAGUUAAAAGUGGUACAAACUUUAUAUACUAUUAACUGUAAAUAUUCAUACUGCACUCUUAUCUUAUGUUCCCUCAAGAAAUUGUUUUAGUACAUUUAAGACAUUUCAUAUAGGAUAAACUGAAAACAGUAUAUACAUUAACAAGUGAAAUGCUUACUCACUAUACAAAAAAGCUAGUCUCUUCUGACUGUUAAAGAAAGAGCAGUCCAGCCUGGGAAAAACUAUUGCAAGUCUGUGAGGAUAUCUGCAGUAACACAAGGCAAGCCAGUGUCUUUGCUAAGUGCAGUAUUUUCCCCUUUACAAAGGCCUUAAAAUGUUUUGUACUAAGAGUCUAAGACUGCAUUAUGGGCAAGAGGUGCUGGCAUUGUCACACCCUCACAGUACUGGAAUGAAUGUAUCACCAGCAGCUCUGAUCUCUUAAGAUAUAUCUACAUGUAGUCUGUGGAAGGUGACAUUGAGUUUAGCUAAACAUACUGAGCUGGGGCCGGAUUCACUAAAGUUACGGGCACCGUAAGCUCUUACAGUGACCGUAACCCUCAUUAUGGCUAUUCAUUAAAGGUUUCUAGAGUUCAAGUUUUCUUCAUGACUUUGUCACUCAAGCUACCGCAGUGGUAAGCAGCAGAGAAAUGAAGACAUUUUUUGUCGCUGGGCAACCUGGCAAAAAUACUUUCCAAGGGUUGAAUGAUUGAUAGCUUUUUUGUGGUAAAGUAAACUUAUAUCCAGUUUACUGAUAACAUAGCAUUGUAUAUAAAAACACUCAUUUCCUUCAGGUGAGAAACCAUGAACUUUAUCAUAUGGAAUAUAAGAACAAACCCCUUGCUGUUGCAGAAUCCCUAAUCUAAGUAAGAGUUCAGAAUUAUAUGGUAGUCUUUGACCAAAACGAAUGGGAUUCAGAGACUAAAGUUUCAGAGCACUCACUGGGGCAUUUCAGGCAUUGCUGGUGCAAUGCCUGAUAAUUAUAGCCCCAGCCAUGGGCUGAUGAAGGAGAACCUAGUGAUGCUGUCAUCCUAAAUUAUUUGAAGUGUAUAAAUAACCAUUAAACCUUUUUGGAACUGAAACAUCAUUGCCAUACCCACAGUACUCAGUUCAUUAGCAGAAAAUGGAUGACACAGUAAUAAAUUUGCUUGCUGCUAAUUUAUUUCAUGUAUGGGUGUAAUGUGUACUGUACUGGUAUACAUAAAUGGAAUACAUGCAGUUAAGUAUUUGGAUUAUGAAAGUUAAGAGUUCACACUUAUCCAUGAUAUGCAAGGUUUAACAGUCAAAUAAAGUCUAAGAUGUCUCAUCAUACAUAUGUAUGUGUGUGUGAUGUCAUCACUCUCUAACCUAACCAUCAGGCAUGCAUGAUACAUGAUGACACAGGAAUCUUGUACCAAUCAGCUACAAGAGAGACAUGUGCUCUAAUAAACCUCUAGUAAUCUCUCAACAAAUCAGACUAAUAGGGGGAGACCUUAUCUGAAAUAGCUGAAAAUCCAAAAAAAAUCUAAACUUUUGUUAAAUUUGAAAAUCAACUUAAUUAUUUCCUGUGUGUGCCUGUAUGACUGAAAAAUAAAAUCAACCCAUGAG